CGCGAAUUGCAAGACACUCAGCAUAACCUCUUCUUUGCGUUCCUUAUUUAUCUGCGAGCACAAUUUUGAAUAUAUGUUGUAUUUUGCAUAAUGUUAAUCCUAAAAUCUUGCCUGAUACGGCAGGUGCACAGCCGCUGUACUAACUUCAAACGCACUUUCACACACAAAAAUUUGUUGGAGUUGUCAGACCGCGGUUUCUUUCAGAGCAUUUUUCCAGAUACUGCCGGGCCAAAGAUGAAAGAGCUCUUUAGGAGCGCACCUCAAACUGUAUACGCUGGAUUUGAUCCCACCGCCGACAGCCUGCACGUUGGAAAUUUGCUUGUGAUCAUGGGUCUGUUGCACUGCCAACGAGCCGGGCACCAACCGAUUGCGUUAGUGGGUGGCGCCACUGGUCUAAUUGGUGACCCAAGUGGACGGAAAACGGAACGCAAUCAAAUGGGAGUAUCAGUUAUUGAGUCGAAUCUGCAGGCAAUUGAACUGCAGCUGCGCAAAGUGUUCAAGAACCAUGAGGAUUGCUUAUGGGAUGCGCGAAAGGACAGUUCUCCGUUCGUUCCUCUUAAAAUUGUUAACAAUGCCGAGUGGUAUGCUAAUCUAAAUCUAAUUGACUUUGUUGCCAAUAUGGGUCGACAUUUUCGUAUGGGUUCGAUGCUGUCACGAUCCUCCGUGCAGUCUCGCUUGGAGUCAGAGGACGGCAUGAGCUUCACGGAGUUUACGUAUCAAAUCUUCCAGGCGUACGAUUGGUUGCAUUUAUUGCGUAAGCACAACUGCUGCUUUCAAAUGGGUGGCUCCGAUCAAACGGGUAACCUAAUGACCGGCCACGAAUUGAUUAGUCGUGUUGAAGGCAAUCGAGAAGUGUUUGGCAUGACACUACCCAUAGUGACCAACGAGGAGGGAGAUAAGUUCGGCAAAUCAGCUGGAAAUGCUGUAUGGCUAGACGAGAAGAAAACAUCGCCAUUUGCUCUGUACCAAUUCUUUUUACGUAUGCCUGACUCCGAAGUAGAGAAGCUUUUAAAACUGUUCACAUUUAUUCCCCUACCCGAGGUGGAACAACUGAUGCGGGAACAUGCCAAGGAGCCAGAAAAACGCAAGGCACAGACGCUGCUGGCAGAAGAUGUCACCCUGCUGGUUCAUGGCGAACAUGGCUUAAAGCAAGCGGAGCGUGUUACCAAUGCGCUUUACAAAGGCAAUGUUGAUGGUUUGGCCGAAUUGAACUAUACUGAAAUCAAACAAACGUUUCAAGGUGCUACCGUCGUCGAUAUACUGACCGAGCCUGGCAUGUCAAUCCUUCAGCUUGCAAUGAAGGCCAAAUGUUUUCCCACAGAAACCGAUGCCGUGCGUAUUAUCAAUGCCGGUGGCUUCUAUAUAAACCAGAAGCGUGUGCAGAACAUCGCAGAAGUUAUUACAACCGGCAUACAUAUACUCCGUAAUGGAGUAUCCCUAUUACGUGUGGGCAAACGUAAUUUUUACAUUGUGCGAUGGCAAUAGACACAAAUAUACACAUUGAGGUUUUAUAUUUUGAUUAGGUAUAUAUAUUAAAAUAAAUUGUUUCACUAAUGAUAAGAUAUAUUAUAGU